GGAUAUAACAGUAAGAUUGGCUAGUCGCAAAUUUGUGCGUCUCAGCUGUCGACUCACUCCGAUAAUCGCUCAAAGAAAGAAAAGUCUAUAAACUUGUUUUAUCUGUAAAAGUAAUUUUCCAAUUGUUUAGUACUGUAGGUCGAUUCAACAACCAUUAUAUUAAAAUGGCGACUCUGGAAGAUAAAUCUAUUUGGGAAGAUGGAGAGGAAACAAUCAGAGAAGAAAUUCUUCGUAUGUCAACAGAUGAAAUUACUUCACGAACUCGUCUGCUAGAUAAUGAAAUUAAAAUUAUGAAAAGCGAAGUAAUGCGUAUUUCUCAUGAAUUGCAAGCCCAAAAUGAUAAAAUCAAAGAGAAUACUGAAAAAAUUAAAGUCAACAAAACUUUGCCUUACCUUGUAUCAAAUGUAAUUGAACUACUAGAUGUUGAUCCUCAAGAUAUGGGUGAAGAAGAUGGUGCCGUUGUAGAUCUUGAUGCCCAACGCAAAGGAAAAUGUGCAGUUAUAAAAACAUCUACGAGGCAAACUUAUUUUCUUCCUGUUAUCGGAUUAGUUGAUGCAGAGUCACUAAAGCCUGGCGAUCUUGUAGGUGUCAAUAAAGAUAGUUAUUUAGUAUUGGAAACGCUUCCUGCUGAAUAUGAUGCUCGUGUCAAAGCAAUGGAAGUUGAUGAGCGUCCAACAGAGCAAUAUUCAGAUAUUGGAGGACUUGACAAACAAAUUCAAGAGCUCAUAGAAGCUGUUGUAUUACCUAUGACUCACAAAGAAAAGUUUGAAAAUUUGGGUAUUCAGCCACCAAAAGGUGUUUUGCUGUACGGCCCACCAGGUACAGGUAAAACUUUAUUGGCAAGAGCUUGCGCUGCUCAAACCAAAUCAACGUUCUUAAAGCUGGCUGGUCCUCAAUUGGUACAGAUGUUCAUUGGUGAUGGUGCCAAACUUGUCAGAGAUGCUUUUAACCUUGCCAAAGAAAAAGCCCCCGCAAUUAUUUUCAUUGAUGAACUCGAUGCAAUUGGAACUAAACGUUUUGAUUCUGAAAAGGCUGGUGAUCGUGAAGUUCAACGUACUAUGUUGGAACUUUUAAACCAGUUGGAUGGUUUUAGUUCAACAGCUGAUAUCAAAGUUAUAGCAGCAACUAAUCGUGUUGACAUCUUAGAUCCUGCUCUAUUGCGAUCAGGAAGAUUAGACAGAAAAAUUGAAUUCCCACAUCCAAAUGAAGAAGCUAGAGCUAGAAUUAUGCAAAUUCAUUCUAGAAAAAUGAAUAUGUCUCCUGAUGUCAAUUUUGAAGAACUGGCUAGGAGUACUGAUGAUUUCAAUGGGGCACAAUGUAAAGCAGUGUGUGUUGAAGCAGGUAUGAUAGCAUUAAGACGCAAUGCAGUUGCGGUCACUCACGAAGAUUUGAUGGAAGCUAUAAAUGAGGUACAAGCUAAAAAGAAAGCUAAUCUCAACUACUAUGCCUAAUAAUUUGACAUUUGUGUAAUUCAGUAUGUAAGCAUUUUUUAAAGAUAGUAAAAAAGUCAAAUGAAUUUUUUGUGAAGAUUGAAUGAUAAAUU